AUAAUUACAGGUCACAUGAUCAAACACGAUAACAUGGCCGCCGAUGAAGUCUCAAAGUUGCAAAACCACCUUAGCUUACUGAGAGAAGAAUAUGUUAAACUUCAGAAUAAGCUAGCAGACGUUGAACGGAGAUACCAAGUUGCUAUUGCAGCAGGACCUGGUAAUGGAGAGGGUCAAGAUGGAUUUGUCUCACGUCUGCUCAAAUUUAUUGCUGACUUGUUUGAUAAGGAACAAUACAGUGACUUGACAAUUCAACUGGAAGGCGGGCAAGAUGUGUGUGCACACAAAUUCAUCUUGUCUGCCAGAAGUUAUGACUGGGGUGUGCCAGAUCUUCAAGUUGUCUCAGAGUUGAACAUGACAGAUAUUCGGCAUGAUGUAGCAUACGCUCUAAUCAGGUGGAUCUAUACAGAUGAAAUCAAUAUUCAAGCGCAGGAUUCAUUUUUACUGGAGCUUCUUCGAGCUGCUACCAAAUACAAGCUUGAUGAGCUGAGAACCAGGUGUGAAAAUGGGUUGAUGUCAUUUGUGAACAUGAAGAAUUGCAUAAAAUUCUACCAGACAGCAGAAGAAAUGCAAGCGGAGGUGUUGAAGAAAUACUGCUCUGAACUAAUAUCCAACCAUUGGAACCAAUUCACCAGAGAGGACUUUGUCAGCAUGCCAGCCCCACUGCUGUAUGACAUGUUCAAGAACAAAACUGAGUACCCCCUACACACGGCCAUCAGGACAGAGAGGGAGGAUGUUGUCUUCUUGUACCUCAUUGAGUACGACUCACAGCUUUCUGUGAAGGUGAAUGAAGUAGACAACAAGGGUGACCUUGCCCUUGACCUUGCUCUGAAAAGCAACCAGACUGGGAUAGCCCAGACCCUGGUGGCCAACAAGGCUGAUGUCAACAGGAAAGAUAACUCUGGCAAAUGUUUGCUGUACAAGGCCAUACAAAGAGGUGAUGAGGCGGCCGCAGAUUUUCUCAUAAAGAAUGGCUGCGACACUAACCUGGCCACUCACUUAGACAAAGAGACCCCCUUACACAUGGUUGCCAAGUUUGAUCCGAAGCAACCAGGAAAUGAAAUCACUGAUCCAGUCAUUAUUACAGGAAUGGCCAACAUAGCCAAACUGUUGGUUCAUCACAAAGCUAAUGUAAAUGCUCAAGACUCAACUGGCAGUACACCUCUACACAAUGCCAUCAUCAGUAGGAACGAGGCAGUCUUUCAUGUGCUUCUAUCCUGUGGGAGGAUGAAUAUGGAGAUCAAGAACUCAGAUGGGCUUACAGUUCUCUGGUUGGCACUUCAACAACAGGCAGAAAGUGCACAAGACAGCACCAGUGCUGUGUAUGGAGAAGACAGUUUUGCAGCCCUGCUCAUCAAAGCCGGGGCCUCACCUGAUGCUGUGGAGCCGGAGUCAGGCAACAGUCUGCUGCACCUGGCAGCCAUGCAUGGGUACCAGUCUGCUGGCAUCUUCCUCACCAAGCAUGGCGCUUCUGUGGGGCAGCCAAACUUUAAGGGAGAGACACCAUUACACAUAGCAUGUGAGGAAGGGCUGACCUCCCUUGUGAGAGAGUUGCUGGAACAUGGCUCUAACCCAAAUGCUCAAACUGUGCGCACCCCCACACAUUCCGUUCUAGGCUAUGAGCAGACGCAGCUUGAAGCGUCCCAGCAGACACCCCUGCAUCUGGCUCUCAUCAAGGGACAUCACUCUGUUGUUCAAGUGUUCUUAGAUUACAAAGUGGAAGUGACCAAAUCAGGGGUCAGCACCAAGAUCCUGCCAAACUUCAAUGUCAAGGACUCUCUCGGCCAGACAGUGUUUGGUCUGGCCUUGUGGAACAACAUGCACGACAUGGCCGGCAAACUGCUGGCCUGUGGGGCCAACAUCAAUGAGAAGAAUUCAGCUGGGAUGACACUGUUGCACCAGGCCAUAGAAAAACAAGAUACUGAAAGUGCUUUGUUUCUCAUGGAAAAUCUGGCAGACAUUGAAGCUAUCUCCCCAGAUGAAGAGACAGUCAUCCAGCAUGCCAUUAGUCGCCAUCUGCCAGUGGUGGUUGAGGCCCUGUGUAAGAGAGGUGUCCACAAGGACGUCACUGACGACAAGGGGAACUGUCCAUUGUGGCAGGCCCUGGACUCUGGCCAGGAAGAUAUUGCUCAUACCUUGGUGAAGUUUGGGUGUGAUGUCAACCUGUGGAGCCAGAGUUCAGGUGGGUACUUCCACACCUUGCUACACAGGGCCUUGGAUGAAAACAAUGAACACAUCGCUUGCUUCCUCAUCAGAAGUGGCUGUGAUAAAAAUAGUCCAAGGAGGCCAGGACCAAAUGGUGAAGGCGCUGAGGAGGGGAGUGAUGGCCAGAGUCCCUUGCACAUGGCAUGUGCCUGGGGCUUGGAGAUGGUAGUCCAGUGUCUAAUGGAGCACAACGCUGAUGUUAAUGCUCAGGACUCUGAUGGCAAGACACCUGUCCACGUAGCCAUAGACAACCAGUUUCCUGUGGUCAUCUCUCUCUUACUCUCCCACCCCGGGCUGGACCUGAACCUGAGAGACAAGAAGAACAACACCCCGUUUGCCGCGGCCAUGCUCAAGAAGGACAACAAGGCAGCCCAGGCUAUUUUAAACCGUGAACCAACAGCAGCAGAACAGGUAGACGCCCGUGGCAAGAACUUCCUCCACACAGCCAUCCAGAAGGCGGACAUUGAGAGCGUUCUCUUCCUGCUCAGUGUCAACGCCAACGUCAACUCUCGGACACAGGACAGCCAGAACCUGACCCCACUACACUUGGCCGUGCUCACAGGCUCUGAGAUAAUUGUCAGAAAUUUGCUACUGGCCGGAGCAUCAGUUGAUGAACGCACAAAGUCCCAUGAAACAGCCUUGCACCUGGCCGCCUCUAAAGACUGUAGUGCGAUCUGUUCUAUAUUGCUGGACAACAACGCAGACUUUGAUGCUGUGGAUGAUAAUUUCAAUAAUGCACUGCACAGGGCUGUGAUCAAUGGCAACAUCACCACAGUCAAGGUCUUGUUGACUGAAUCCACCAUCAAUGCUGAGGCAGUCAAUGCCAAAGGUCAGAACCCCCUCCAUAUACUAGGUCAGUAUGGCAAAGAUAAUGCCGCCGCCAUCUUUGAACUAUUCCGAGAGACCAUGCCUGAGUACCCUAUAGACAGGCCAGACAAUGAGGGCAACACAGCUAUUUUACUGGCCUACUUGAAUGGCAAUGGCAGCUUGUGUAGAGCUCUAGUUCGAGCGGGUGCCUGCCUCGGACAAGUGAACAAACAAGGUCUCAGUAUUUUUAAUGCUCCAGUAGCCACCAAACAGCUGUUAGUCAAACUAUUAGACAUGUUAUCUAAAGAGCCACCAUGGAGUGAUGGGGAAACUUGUUUGGAAUGUUCAGCCAAAUUUAACAUCAAGACACGGAAACAUCACUGUCGUCACUGUGGACGCCUUCUAUGUGCAAAGUGCUCAAGUAAAGAUAUGCCUAUAGUCAAGUUCAACCUAAGCAAGCCAGUUCGUGUGUGUGAUGUCUGCUUUGAAGUCUUGUCUAUUGGUGGACAAUUUUAAUCAACUCUAGGAGUGUGUGUUGUUUACAUUUCUAUGAACAAAUGUGUGUCUGAUCGUGUGUGUGAUUAAUUUAACAUUAGGGCAAACGAUCAUUAGCUUGAUUGUUGUGGCACCAACAAAGGGGGAUGACUUUCCCGCAUGUCGCAAGUUUUCUGUAUUAAAGUCAUAGUGCCAGUGUUUCUAGAAUGUUGCAGAAGGACAUAACCAUCAAUAACUGGUCUCAAGCAUUUAAAAAAUUUUCAUUUGUUUUCAUGUAUCAUCGCUAAGUCCUGUUAUUUUAUAUUUGUAAAUUUUAUCACUAAUUUAUAAAAAUAACCUGUUAUUAUUCCUAUUUUCAGGUUUAAAUUUUUUAAUUAAAAACAUUCUGUUUAAAUAACCUUGAAGUAAAAUGGAACAGAACAACGUGUUUUAAAUUAUGCGUUAUACAAUUUGAAAGAACAAAAUAUACAUUUUUCCUUAUAUUAAUAUUGUUUAGUUGCAUUUAGCAGCUAAAUCAUAUCUCAGUAAGAUGAACAAACAAAAAAUUUUUUUAUGAAAAAGAUGAAUCAUUUUCAAAUUUAAAAAAAAUCUGUUUACAUAUUUAAUUUUGAAGGUUGAUUAUUAAAGAUGUAUGAUCAGAACAUUGUUAUUCCUAGCUGAGGACAAAGCUAACAUUGGUUUGAUCUCUCUAAAUUUUGGUUUAAUAAUUGAAUUUACUUUUAUAAGGAUGAUCAAGCUGAUUUUAGGAUUUUAGCUAUCUAAAUUUUAGUUAGAUUUUGUUGAAUUUGAUUUUAAGUCCUUACACUGAUAAAUGGCUUUCUUUCUAUAAUAAAUUCAUCUUGGUCAUUCUUUGUAUUGCUGGUUUAAUGGUUUCUUAUUUUUAUGCACACUUUUAAAUUUUAUUUUUUUGUAUAGUAAAUUUAAUGAUACGAUUGAAUACUCAAGGAAUGUGAAUGGUUGAUGUUUUUAGUAACAUUUUCAGUCGCUUUAAUUAAUAGGAAUUUAAUAAUGCUGUUGUAAAAAAAAAAUAUUGAUUGUUUCUUUGUUUAAAACAAUAAAAUAUUUAAUGCCAUUAUUUGUUAGUAAACUAGCUUUUUGUCUUGUGUAGUAUUUUUUUUUAACUUGCAGUUUAGUCAUUAGAACUAUGACAAUAUAUUUGAGAGCAUUUACUUUAGUCAGCUGCCAGUAUUAAGUGUGUCAUCCUCUUAUCAACCGUCUAAAAUGUUUAACACUUGGAGUUUUCGCAGAACAAAAGAUUUAAUUUUCUGUGAAUAAUGUACAGAAACUGUAAAUAUUUUCUCAUGCUUGAAUAAAUGAACCUUACAACAAUACAAGUACUUAUGUCCAUUCCUUCAAGAGGAAAACUUAACCUCACUGGAUUCAACACAUUCCAUUACUGCAUAACCUUGGACACAGCACAAGAAAUGUAGGUACAAGAUUUUAUGGUCCAUUUCUUUACAAUUGAUGUUUGGCCAGUAACUGCAUGUAAACUAAAGCACAGUACAUUUUCUAUUUCAUGUCACUAACUGUUCCAGUUUCAUCUAAUAUAAUAGUACCUGCCUGAUGGACUGUGUAAGAGGGUCUCAAUUUGUAUUGUUGACAUGGGUACACAAUUUUUAUUUUUUUUUACAUUUCAUCUUCUUAGUUGCCUAAUUUAUAAAAAUAUUAAUAUUAAAUUUAUAACAUUUGAGAAAUUUAAUAUUCUCAAGAUUUAUAUAAUAUAAUUAAAUUUUGUAAAAACAUUUUAAGGCUACAUUUCUGUUUUGAUAUGAACGUCCCCACUUGUUUCCUUGUCAUAUUUUGGCUAUUUCAAUUUUUAAAUAUUUUAAUUUUGAUUGGCUGUUUAAUCAGGGGCCCCAUUUAUCAUGUUUUCUGCUCUUAUUGUACUUGAAAGAGUUUUUACGCUACUGUAUUGAUUAUUCCUUUGAAUGUCUUAGUUUGGCUAAGAGAAGAGACUUAACCUUUUAGCUACAUAUGUGUACAUAAGUGUUUAAAAAAUAAUACAAAAAUAAAUUUUUAUAAUCUCUUAAGAUAAUCAAACUUCCCUUUGAAAAUGAAACCUGUUUCAUACUAUCUUUAACAUUAAAACUUCUUAUUCAGCCAUCAGGAUUAAAUAUGAUUACAUACAUUUGAAUAAUUAUAGGUAAAUAAUAAAAAAACAGUGUUUUUUUAUGUUUAUGUAAAGAACAGUAAACUACUGU